AUGGCUACCUACGAUUUUAUCUCUCUGGCUACAAAGCCUUCAGCAAAGAUAUGCUACAAAUUUUAUCCCUCAGUCAAGACAACGAAGCCCGUGCUUCUUGUCUUCGUGAACCCAAUGGGUCUCACACAAACCUCAUGGGAGAACGUCAUCACCCGACUGCAUAAAAACGCCCCCAACGGGGGCGUUCCCGCCAUGCUGACCUACGAUCGCUACGGGCAGGGCCAAACAACUGACCGAGACCCAUCCGAUGCCAACGCAGUCGACAAGAGACAUGGACACGACUGUCUUGAUGUUGUUCAUGAUCUCCAUCAAUUAAUCACUCAGAUCGCAGAUCAAGAUAUGGGCAUAUCUGACAUCGGUCAGCUUCAACUCGUAUUUGUCGCGAAUUCCAUCGGUGGCGCCUUGACCCGACUAUAUGCCCAGGAAUACCCCGGUAGCGUUGCCGGACUCCUUUUACUAGACAGUGUCUUAGCGAAUACCGAUUUUGUCUCCAUAUUCCCAGAUCCGGAUGCUUGUGACUUCGACAAAAGUACUCUCCCAGUUGUUGUCGAGGUAGAAGAUAUUCGAGCAUCGCGGGCUUUCGCACAGCGAGUCUUCCAUCCAAGUAAUGGAAGUGAUGAAGGUCUGAGUCGAAAGAACCUGAGUGCUCUUUUGCCGUAUAGUGAUGGUCCCCAGCUUCAAGGUCCCGAUGGACGCGGUCCUUGGGUUACUGUUGUUGGUCAUGAGUGGGAGGCUUCUGAGCGUGAGCAGGAAGCCAUGGGAGCUCCAGGAUUAGUUACCCGGAUGUACUCGAAUCCUUUCUGGAGCGCGUAUAAUGAAGGACUGGCGAAGAUUACUGAGCCCGAGAGGAGUAAAGGUCCGUUCCAGGCUCUGGGUGCGGGUCAUUUCAUUCAAAGGGACAAUCCCGAGCUUGUCGAGGGGGAGAUUCGUGACAUUUUGGACAAGGUGCUGUGA